UUUGGGCUGCGACAUCAGGAUGAGUGCCAGUGCUGGUGGUAGUGGUGCUGUGGAUUGUGGUGGCAGCAGCAGCAGCUCUCAGACCUCCUGUGGGCCCGAGUCUUCAGGCUCUGAAUUAGCUCCAGCCACACCAGCACCUCGGUUGCUGCAGGGGCUCCUGGGCUCUGAUGAUGAGGAGCAGGAAGACCCCAAGGACUAUUGCAAGGGUGGCUACUACCCAGUGAAGAUAGGUGAUUUGUUCAAUGGGCGGUACCACGUGGUGCGCAAGCUAGGCUGGGGCCACUUCUCUACCGUCUGGCUCUGCUGGGAUAUUCAGCGCAAGCGCUUCGUGGCUCUGAAAGUAGUGAAGAGUGCAGGACAUUACACAGAGACAGCUGUGGAUGAGAUCAAGCUCCUGAAAUGUGUCCGGGACAGUGACCCUAGUGACCCCAAAAGAGAGACCAUUGUUCAGCUCAUUGAUGACUUCAGAAUCUCAGGAGUUAAUGGAGUUCAUGUGUGCAUGGUGCUAGAGGUUCUGGGUCACCAGCUCCUCAAGUGGAUCAUCAAGUCCAAUUACCAGGGUCUGCCUGUGCCCUGUGUUAAGAGCAUUGUUAGGCAGGUGCUACAUGGUCUGGAUUACCUCCAUACUAAGUGCAAGAUCAUUCACACGGACAUCAAGCCUGAGAACAUCCUACUGUGUGUCGGAGAUGCCUACAUCAGGCGCCUGGCUGCUGAAGCCACCGAGUGGCAGCAGACAGGGGCCCAGCCCCCAUCCCGUUCCACAGGUAUCAAGAGCAUGUGUGGGGACUGGCACCAGAACUCUGGGCCUCAAUCCCUGAAUUACUAUUCUUUUUUCUCUCCUCGAUCCCUAUCCCCAGUCAGUACUGCCCCCCAGGAGGUCUUGACUGGUAAGCUGUCCAAAAACAAGAGGAAGAAGAUGAGGCGCAAAAGGAAGCAACAGAAGCGGCUGCUGGAGGAGCGGCUGCGGGACUUGCAGAGGCUGGAGGCCAUGGAGGUCGCAGUACAGGCUGAGGACUCCAGUUCAAGAUUAGAGCGGGGCAGCGGCUCCACCUCCUCUUCAGGCUGCCACCCGGAGGGCACCAGGGCUGGCCCCUCUCCAGCCUCUUCAUCCCCUGCGCCUGGAGGUGACCGCAGCCUUAGUCCCAGCUCACAGACCUCAGGUUUCUCAGGGUCUCUGUUCUCCACGGCUUCCUGCUCCAUCCUCUCAGGCUCAUCUAACCAGCGUGAGACUGGGGGUCUCCUGUCUCCUAGCACACCAUUUGGUGCUUCCAACCUCCUGGUGAACCCCCUGGAGCCCCAAAAUGCAGACAAGAUCAAGAUCAAGAUUGCAGACCUGGGCAACGCCUGCUGGGUGCACAAACACUUCACCGAGGACAUUCAGACUCGGCAGUACAGGGCUGUGGAGGUGCUGAUUGGUGCUGAGUAUGGCCCCCCUGCUGACAUCUGGAGCACAGCAUGCAUGGCCUUCGAGCUGGCCACUGGUGACUACCUAUUUGAGCCUCACUCUGGAGAAGACUACAGUCGUGAUGAGGACCACAUUGCUCAUAUCGUGGAGCUUCUGGGAGACAUCCCCCCAGCUUUUGCCCUCUCAGGCCGCUAUUCACGGGAGUUCUUCAACCGCAGGGGACAGCUGCGGCAUAUCCACAACCUCAAACAUUGGGGCCUAUAUGAAGUGCUUAUGGAGAAGUAUGAGUGGCCCCUGGAGCAAGCUACACAGUUCAGUGCCUUCCUGUUGCCCAUGAUGGAGUACAUCCCUGAGAAACGGGCCAGUGCUGCCGACUGCCUCCAGCACCCCUGGCUUAAUCCCUAGAUCUUACUGGAGCUGUCGACAGCAGGGACUGUGCUGGUUUUGCCCUAGCUCUCAGUGCCUUGAGGGAAAGCAGGCAACUUCUACCACCCUGUGGGAGUUGCUCUCCUACCUUGCUGGGUGCUGUUAUGCUCACUCCCCAGCCCCCAUGGCAGGACAGAAAUUCUGGGGCAAGGCUCACAUCUCAACCUGUCUACUUGUGAUCCUCCUAGAGGGUCCUGAGUGGGAAAGAGU